AUGGCAUCGGCCAAUGUCACGCUGGAGAAUCAGCUGCACAGCGCCCAGAAAAACCUGCUCUUCCUCCAGCAGGACCACGCCAACACAUUGAAGGGGCUCCAUGCGGAGAUCCGACGAUUGCAGCAGCAAUGCACAGACCUGACAUAUGAGCUGACUGUACGAAGCUCCGAUCCUUCAGACAACGGUGAGUCCAGAUGCCGAGAGCUGCAAAGGAGGUGCGAGGAGCUGGAGGCAGAGCUGAAGAAGAAGGAGGAGGAGAACACAGAGCUCCUGAGGGAUCUGGAGCAGAAGAACGCCAUGAUCUUUGUGCUGGAAAACACCAUUAAAGAGCGGGAGAAGAAGUACCUGGAGGAGCUGAAGAUGAAGAGCCACAAGCUGGCCGUACUUUCCGGAGAGUUGGAGCAGCGUGCUAGCACCAUCGCUUACCUCACGUCGCAGCUUCACGCCACCAAGAAGAAACUUCUGGCGGGCAGCUCAUCGGAAGGGAGCCCCAAUGUCAGCCCGGUCACAUCCUUCAAGCCCACGCCUCCGCCACCUAAAGACAGGCAACCCGAAACCCCGCGGCGCCGCAUGAGGAAGAGCCUCUCCCAGCCUCUUCACCCGGAGCUGACAGAGGUGUACCGGCUGGGCGCGGACGGCAAGCGGAUGGUCUUUCGGGACGCCGUGGAACCCAUGCCUGACCCGACGCCCUUCCUGCAGGCUGGUCGAGAGUCUCCAGAUCUGCAGGUGGUGCGAGAAAGGCCCGCCGUCAUCCCUCCCAUCACAUCGGAACGCCCGGGCGGCGCUCCCCUAGGGGCUUCCGCCAGUCCCCGUCAUAGCCCGGCUCGGGAACGCCAAUACAGGGCUCAUGUUGGGGUGGCCCACCGCAUCCCUCAUGGAACACCACCCUUAGCCCCGCCCCAGGCAGAACCGGAGACUUUGGCAGUUGACCAGGUGAAGGAAGAAAAGGUUGUGCGCAAGCGUACCGGGGCUGACAGGACAGUUUAA